GGAUAGGCUGCUUUAUACUUUUCAUUCAAUUGAGAAUGUUACACAUUUCUCGUAAAUAGAGGUCUUACAGGUAAACCUAGACACUAUUCAAACGUGCCUCUAGUAUAUUACAUUCGUUCAAUUGGUUCGUUGAAAUAACUCAUUAGUGACAGUUCCUACUGUGAAUUAACGCUAUGCAGAUGUUUUGUGUGCAUACAGACGUCAAGUGGAUUGUCAAACAGUCGCUCCAAUUGUAAACAUAAUAAACAAGAAUUCCUCAAAUGGUACCGGAACUUGUGUAAAAAUUAGAAUGAGGCGAUAAGAAGUAUAAAAUUAGAAUAAAUACUGUUUAUAGUGAUGGAUCUAGAGUCUUUCUGUCGGUUGUGUUUGAAUGAAAACCGAACUGUACUGAAUGUUUUCAGUGAGGGCUUGGUGCAAGCCGACAUGCAUGCCAAAAUAGAGAAAUAUUUAUAUCUGGACAUAAAGUCAACAGAUAGUAUUACGAAGUCAAUAUGCGUUAACUGUAUGAGAAAAGUAGAAGAUAUUCAUAGUUUUUGCACUGAGGUGGAACAAAAUCAACAAAAGAUUAUUGAGCUGCAAGCUGCCACACAUUACCAAAUCAUAUUCGAGAAAAAUACAAAUAUCGAAGAGCCUACAAAGCAAUUUGUUAAUGUCCAGCCCUAUGAUAUUAAUGUCCACGUGGAUCGUGAUUCGUUUUCGUCGCCUAUAAUUAACGAUUUACAUUUCACCAAUACUGACAUCAUUCAAAACCCUGAACAAUCUCCGGAAUAUCAAAUAAUGGUAAUCCAAUCUCCAAAUAACACAGCAGAAUCGCCGUUACCACCGACUCAAGACGAUAUCAAUGACAUCGACAAUUUCGACAAUAUCUCAAUUGCAAGUUCGAACGAAGACGACCGAGCAAUAGAGAAAGACUACGACAGCAGCGAUGAGUGGCACAAUAGCAUUGAAGGGUUUCCGAAAGUCGUUAUUCAGGAUGCAAAGCUUGUGGUGCGAGGGAGGGAGUUAUUUCAAUUGAUGUCUAAAUUUUAUAAAUUACAAUGCGAAAUAUGUCAAGAGAAAGAUAGUGUUUUUAUAAAGCUUACAAGCCUCCUAGAACACUAUGAAGAUAUGCAUCUGACGAAGGGUUUUGUAAAAUGCUGCGGUGCAAAGUUGACAAAAACUCGUGCGAUGGCAUUGCAUAUGGCACGGCAUGUGCAACCCGAUGCGUUCAAAUGUCCGGAAUGCGGUAAAAUGAUGACUUGUCCGAAGAUUUUACGAUAUCAUAUUCAGAAUCAUUUGCCAGAAGAAAGCAGACCUUUGGCAUGUCCAAAGUGUCCGAGAAGGUUUAGCUACAGUAGUGCUCUAACUGCACACACAGUAUCUCAUCUGCCUGAGGAUCAGCGAGAUACGCAUAUAUGUGAUGAAUGUGGAAAAGCUUUCCUCACUGCUAGCCGAUUAACAACUCACAUAGGCAUAGCACAUUCAAAUGAUGUGCCACGCUACGUUUGCCACGAAUGCGGGAAGCAAUUUAGUUGUAAGGGAAACCUAACAUAUCAUUUAACUACACACGAGCAAAUCCAUCAAGUGCAGUGUACUGUCUGUGAAAAAUGGUUGAAAAAUAAACUAUGCCUGCGGAAACACAUGUCUCAACAUUCAGAAAUCCGUCACCAAUGUCCGUCAUGUACUUAUUCCUCCGUUAAUUUGCAAUGUUUUCGCAAUCAUAUUCGGGUGCAGCAUUCUAACGACAAACCGCAUGUUUGCAACGAAUGUGGACGUAGUUUUAAGUUGAAAAACACACUGUUAAAUCAUAUGGUGCAGCAUACCGGCGAACGAAAGUAUUCAUGUGAAUUCUGCACAAAAAGAUUCGCUUCAAGUGGAAAUUAUUACUCACAUCGCAAGCGAAUGCAUCCCAAUGAGUUGGCCGAAUAUAAUCAGAAACGUGCUGAGGAGAAAGAAAAAGCGCGAGAAAUAGCUUUGAAACAAGUAAGACAAGAAGGAACUUGACAGUAGCUGAAAUUGAUGGUGAAAUUUAAGAAUUUGAGAUAAUAUUAGAAAUAGAUAAUGAAUUUCCUUCCAUUUUAAUUUAUGGUUUUUAAAAUAUGAUCAGAAGGUAGGUAUCAGCUUUACGUUGAAUGAUAUACAAUAAAAAACAAUUGGA